AUGGUGUUCAUCCACGGCGACGACUACCUUUCCGGGGGAUUGGACGACUACCCGCCGCUGCCCCUCCUGAACCACCCGGUCGUGCUGGUCGUUCUCCAGUACCGUCUGGGCGUCUUGGGAUUCCUGUCGACGGAGGAUGCUUCUCUGCCUGGUAACCUAGGACUGAAGGACCAGACUCUGGCCCUCCGGUGGGUGCAGGACAACAUCCGUGACCUUGGUGGUGACCCAGAUAAGGUCACUCUCUUCGGGCAAGGCAGCGGGGCGCAGUCCGUCCACUACCAGAUCCUGACGCCGUAUUCCCGUGGACUGUUCUCCCGUGCCAUCCUGCAGUCCGGAUCCGCCCUUUGCCCUAAGUAUUCAAGGGGCAAACACCACGAAGUUGCCAUGCACGUGGCCAGGGAGGUGGGUUGCCAGGGACAUACCAACCUCCUGGACUGUCUCCGCGGCGUUCGAUUUGAGAAGCUCGCUUAUGCUUACAUACCCUUGCAGCUGUGGGAUGGCUUCCCGUUCACGAUGGUUCCUCGGGUAGACGGCGACUACAUCCCAGCAGAUCCUGCCCUUCUCCUUUCCUCCGGGUCCUUCUCGAAAGUUGACCUCAUCCUUGGCAUCACACAGCAUGAAGGAGCAUUAAUGACAGCAACCAUGUUUUCAAGCUGGGACCCCGUAAACGAACUGGGGGCCGAUUUCAGACGGGCUGGCUCUUUGUCCCUGAGCUUCGAAAGUGAGAUAGAACCUGGACACCUCGCAGGCGUCAGCUAUUACUACUAUGUUGGAAACAAUUUAAUCAAUAUCAAGGAAGUUGCUAAUCUCACUCAGUUGUACACAGACCGGUACUUCUCGGUUUGCACAGACCACACGGCCAUUUUGCACGCCCGGCAUGGCUCCAAGGUUUAUUUUUACGAGCUCGAUCAUCGUGCUCUUGCCUCGAGCACUGACAAGUUCCAGCUUUUCUUCGAUAGCGAGUGUGAGGAUAAGUCACGGAGACGACCUACAGUACCUCUUUAG